CACACAUCCCCAUGCCCCAACCCCCAUUGAAAUUAAAAUUAAUACACUCGCUCGCUCACACCUUUUUCACCUCACAUAUCACGAAUCUCGCAAACGCGCACUCUCUCUCUCACUAGCUUUCUCUCUCUACAAGUCUUCAUCGCCACUGGCUUGCUCCAUUUUUCUCACAAACCCUAGCAGAAAUUUGGGCUCAAUUUUUGGUCAGAUUGGAUUGAGAAGUCAAUCAAAAUGACGUGGACAUCUUCUUUUGUGAAUUAUAGCAGGAAUUGUGUUCGCUUGGUGGUGUUCUUUCGUGUGAUUCUGUAAAAUUUGAUUGUUUUCGUGAGGACUCUCUCUUAGCUCUAGUUUAAUGUUGUCUUUUUAACCUUUCAAUUGUAUUUUUCUUCUUCUUUUUAUUAGAAGAUGUAUGUGUAUUCGGUGAAAAAAGGAAAAAUUUGACCACACUUCAGAUUGUUUUGAUGCUUUUUGUUUAUCCUUUUUCUGGUUGCAACAACAGGCCUGAAAGAGAAACCACAAAACUCUUAAAAUCUUAGGGUGUGAUAUUGUUUCAAAAUAGUAAAAAUCAAUAUGAUGCAGGACUUUUUUUUUUUUUUUCUAUACGAUUCAGAACUGUUUCAGAAAAUUUCUGGGAAACCAAACAGUGAUUUUCAGCAUUUUUUUUUCCUCAAAGGAAUAGAUCAUGCAUUAUAUUUUUUAAAAAUGUUUCACUGUUUUCAUCUAAAUUUUUUGAAAAAUAAGAAGCUUGGUUUGAAAAUCUUGAACGACAGCCGCUUAUUUUGCAUGUUUUUCUACUUUCCGAAAAUGAAAAACGCAUUCAUUGAAGCUAGGUGAUUGCCCUAGGAUUAAUCAAUCUCAGGCUUUUCUUUAUUGGGUUCCAAAUAGUAAAAUAAUAAUGAUAAUAGUAGUAGUAGUAAUAAUAAUGAUAAUAAAUUUCAAAAGUCAAACUCAUUACCUUUUUUUUACAUUUUUCUGAGCAACAGCAUAUCACUGAUGUGCUGUUGUUUAUCUUUGAUAUUUCUUUUCAACUGAUGAUCUAAUGGGAUUUUGGCUUGCUGAUGUAGGUGAAAUAUCAUUUGUUGUGAAGGAAAUUUUUUGAUUCACUUUGUUGCUUAUUAAUACUGGUUGAGGAAGUGAGAAUGUACAUUGCAGUAACCUUAAAGAGAUAUCGAGCAGUGAAAGAAGUUGGGAAGAUUAAAAUGAGUGUUGGGAUCAUUGCGCAUUAUCAACUGAUGCAAGUUUGUCAGGCUGAGUAUUUCCGACAAUUGCUAAAACCUGUUACGUAGUUUAGUGUUGCAAAGCUCGGGGAUAUUGGGGACAUACUGCCUUGGUGUUGUGUUUAUACUGAGAGGGCAGUAACAAAAAUUAAAAAUCUGGUUCUGGUACUGUUUUUUUGGGUUAGACAGCAGUUUAUUCUCUUAUGGCAAUACCAUAAGUGUACUAUUUAGCUUUCUCGUCUCCUUAGGAUCCUUCACCCAAUUGAAAACCAAUUGCCACCAUCCCCAGUUGAAGAUAAAAAAAUUGCCAACUCAAAACUGCAAAUCCAUCUUUUCAGAUAAUUGUUUGUUCAAGAGGACUACUAAUGCAGAGGGACCAGCAGUUUUGCCCCGAAAAGGUGAUGCUACCUCUUGCAAAUGAAGUGGGUAACGAUUACAUGUAUAAUACCCCUGUUGAAUCUGCCUUUGGUGCAGUCUUUCCGCCAGGUGCAAAGGACUUGGGACCAUUCCAUGGUGUUGAGUUUCAACCCUCUGAUGUUUGCCCAAAGAAUUUUAUUAUCUUUGACCAGACUGAUCAUAGAAGCCAGAUCAUGUUUCAUCCAGCAAUUGCUCAGAAAUUCAACUGUCCCAGUUUAAAUCUUUGUGCAACUUACAUCCAUAACAAUCUGGAAAAGAGAGAAAUUAACAUUGACGAGGGAGAAGCAUCCUCUGCCCUGAAAGAGGAUUCGGAAGAUAUUGAUGCAUUGUUGAGCCUGGAGGAGGAAGACCAAGAAGAAUAUGAUGAAGAAGAAGUAAGCACAGCUCGAACUCAUGGAAACUAUGGAAGCAAUUGCGAAGAUACUUGCUCCAGUUAUGGUUCAAAACCCAGAAAGAUUAAGUUAUCAUCUUCUAUCCUGAAGUCAUCUAGCAGUGGCAGCAGCUGUAACAGUGAAAGGAAACGGCAGAAAAUGAAGAAGAUGGUGAAGGCACUGAGAGGAAUUGUACCUGGUAGCAGCCAAAUGAAUACAGUUGCUGUUCUAGAUGAAGCUGUUAGGUACCUCAAAUCUCUGAAGGUUGAAGUACAGAAGCUUGGAGUGAGUAAUUCGAAGAAAAUAUCUUGAAUCUAUGCUGCGGUAACAGCAAUUGAAUUCAAUCUAUUUUAUUAUGCUUCAGUUACCCUUUAUUAGUUGGGACUCUCUCUUUCUCUCUCUGUCUCUCUCUCAAAAGCAGGUUGGCAUUAUAAGGAUGAUAAUGAUCAAGUAUUUGAGAUGAGGGUCAUGUUAGAAAUUCCAGUUUCAAUGAUGCUUUCCUUAGUGGGAUGACCCCAGCUUGUUUUGUUUUUCACUUUGUUGGUGGGAAGGAUGGGCUGUGGGUGUUUAUGUGUAAUAUGCAAAACCUCUUCCACUUGGGUGUUAUCCUAUCUGAACUCUUUUCAUUUUGGUUGGCCAAUACAUUAAGUGCUAUAAUAAAGUGUACUUCGGAUUUAAUUAA